UUCAGCCAAUUGAUACAAAACGGAUUUCAUUCAAGAGAGAUAUGAGAAGAUUGUGACCAAUAAAUAACAUUGUUGACUACCCACAAUUAUUUACAUGCGUGUAGUAAAUCUCAUGGGUUUACUAUACUUGCUGGAUGAACACUUUAUUCCUUUUCUGGAGCAACGGGGGAGUUGAGAUGAGAUUUUUGGAGAAAGUUGCACGUAGAUGAGAGAGGAGACGCUUUUGCCCCACUCACUCACGAAGAAAAAUAUAUCAAGUGGUAUCAUUUGAGUUCCCGUACAAUUUUUUCCCCGACAUUUUCCGGCACAAAAUUUCCAGUGGGAUUUUCCACCCCCAUUUUUAUAAAUUAAAAAAUACAAAUAAAAUCGAAUAAAUGUGGUCCGAUACCCUUCUCAUCCUCUUUAUUUCUGUCGUCACUGCUUUCUUUGGUGAAGGUUUGACAUGGCUGAUGGUUUAUCGCACGGAGAAAUACCAGAAGCUGAAAUCUGAAGUAGAAAGACAAUGCAAAAAAUUGGAGAAACGAAAGGAAACAUCUGGCGAGUCAGUCGCCCUUAAGAAUACAAAAAAGAAGUUGGAACGUGAAGAAGAAAAGUUGAAAACUAAUACGAGAGACUUGUCCUUGUUUAAAAUGCGGUCUAUGCUGGCAAUUGGUAUCGUAUUCACAGCUCUUUUAAGUAUUUUCAACUCCAUUUUUGAUGGGAGGAUUGUUGCCAAAUUGCCUUUCAUUCCGAUUGGCUUCCUUCAAGGCAUUUCUCACAGGAAUUUGCCUGGUACUGAUUAUAGUGACUGUUCUUUCAUCUUCCUUUACAUACUAUGUACAAUGAGCAUCAGACAGAAUGUACAAAAGCUCUUGGGAUUUGCUCCCUCCAGAGCAGUAUCCAAGCAGAGCGGAAAUAUGUUUGGACCUCCUCCACAAAGCACUUAAUCAAAGGAGGUGAUGAUGCUCAUUAAAGACAUGUCAGGUCUCUGGUCUAUCCCAAUCCCAACUUCUACAUACUAUGCCCAAUUGGCAUAUACGUUUGUGUUUUCUUGUUAAUUAUAUGAUAUGGAAUAUUAUUUAUAUGAUGAGGGGUUUUUACAAAUAAUAAUAAAGUCCUUGAGAGAAAAGAUGAA